GCCAAGGAUCGAAGGGCGGGCCGCCAUGCAGAGCCGGUGCACUAAAGCGUCCGAUGUUUGUAUUUACAUGUAACCCCUAACCUCCCAAUGGCAAACUACCAUUCGCAAAGUGAUAACCCUAACACCCCAUCACCGAUCAGCUAAACAGUGGUGCCACCAGCAUGACAAAGACCGCUACACCAGAGCGGCCAUUCACGGGUAGACCCUGCUCAUCGGUAAUACUACUAGGCACAACAACGCCCAUGAUGGUCCUUGCUACUCCGUUGGGCUUUAUCACCGAGGCGAUACCCAGGUUAGGGCUGUUGCCAGUGGAGGCGAACUGUAGCAAGCAAGAACCUGGGAUUAAGUGCAAACCGGUCCGAUGGUGGGUCGUUUGAUGUACCGGGUUAAUCGACUCCUGGCCGCCCUAGGUCCCGAACUAUACUACUAGUCGUCUCACAGCUAGCUUUUCCAUGCUAAUUGAGAAUUCUUUGGUAUACGUGGGAUUUUCCGGUAGUAUUCGGAUCACCAGCCUGCCAGAAAUAUCCCACUUUCGGAAAACACUCCGGAGGCACGGAGAGCCGGCAUAAUUAAGUAAGUAGUAGCUAAGGUCAAGCUUGAGUACGCUUAUUUCCUUUUCCCUCACAUGAUGCAAGAACACUAAUUGCUGGGGGUACAAGUAUUCUCGUCCAGCUUGGUGCAGCAAUGUUCCGUGAUCCCGUCAGCACAUUCUACCCAACAGUCAGUACAUACAGUGUGAAGCUAGACCAGUGAAAUGGUACGAAACCAACUUAGUGAUAUUGGUCAUUU